AGUCUGUGACUGGCCCAAAGUCACCCAGUGGGCUCCAUGGCCGAGCGGGGACUUGAACCCGGAUCCUCUGAGUCCCAGUCCCACGCUCUUAACCACUACACCACACUGGCCCUCAGAGGAACAUUUCAGUGUAACGUCGAAACGUUAGUUGUCUACACUUUGCAUUCUGUUACCACUUGGAUUAAGAUUUCUUUAAAAAGUCGUAUGUGAACAAUGCCACAAGGGAAGGCGAAUGGUUGUUCCAACCUGAGCUGCUGUUCUGGUAAUAAUGAACUCUGUCCCUGGCUCUAAAUGUUAAUGGAUUUUUCCCAGUAGCAAAAAUUCAGAUGUAGGUAGUAGGGUCCAUUGUAUCCUUUUCUUUCCACUGCAUACCUCACUAGCACGAUCCAUGCAUUUGUCUCCAGCCAGUGCACAAAGAGCUGCAGCAUGAAUCGGUGAUUCCUUUGCUAACUGCAUAAGAAGUACUGCAAGGAAGGGGCAUUGUUCCCAUAACCCACUUCUUAAGCGUGUUGCUUCAGUGAAUGGCCCUGGACAGUUUAGACUCUGCAUAGAUCCAGGUUAGAAGGAAGUUCUUGGGUGGAAGUGAAUGGCCUAUAUACUUGGCACAAUAUUCAUAGUCUUCCGAGUGCAUGGCAAACGAUCUUUGGGGAGGUUAUGUGCAGGUGGGUUGCUUUUUAAUUGACAGUGGUUUAAUAAUUUAAGGCUGCUACCCUAAUACAUGUACUAGAGUAAAUGCCUCUGAGCAUAGACAUCCGAGGAAACAGUCUUAUGUACAGCUUUAAAGCUUAUUUUAAAGGGAAAUCUAACAUUUUGAUAAGGAAAGCCUCUUUUUAAAGCAGUUUUGGCUAUGCUUUUCUCCAGUUUGCAUGAGCCUUGCUAAGCUGCCACAUGUAACUCAGGAUCAUCUGAAAGCCCGAUGAUAUUUCAGAGGCCAGAUAGUUCAAAUAAAUAACCAGUUGAAUUGUCUUUAGAAAUGGUGUUUGCCUCAGCUUUGAAAUGGGGCAUGCAGAAUAAAAUAAUGAAGCGGACUGUGGGCAUCAGUGUCGUUCUGGGACACAAACUAAGGAGGCACACAGGAAAGGGCUCCCAAAGUUGUGUUGGUGCUGGACCAGCCUUUUAUUGGAGGGUUUUUAGUUAAAAAAAGGUGAGCAAGGGGGACAUGAAAGAGGCAUGCCAUUCGUGCACACACGAAGAAAGCGGAUAGAGGCGGUACGCAGAAUUGGUGUUAUCUGAUGAAGUGGAACAGUGGGCGAUGAAGAAGGGAUCAAAGGGAGUUCGUCAGACAAGGUGUAGCGAGGCUGCGGAAUUUCUUACCACAAGAAGUGGUGAUGGCUACGGCUUGGAACAGCUUUAAAGGGCGGGCAGUGGGUCAGACGAACAUAUAGAGGAUGAGCCUGUCAGUAACCACUAGUCAUCAUGGCUGUAUGUUGCCUUAACUGUGGAUGACUGGUUUUGCAGGAGCGCAGAGGGGAGCUGUGAGCUCUCCGGAAGUACGUCUGAACUUACUGGCUGUUGCAGGAAGAGAAAGCCAGACUUGAUCUGCCUCUGGUCUGUUCCAGCAGCACUGCUAUUACAUUCUUAAUUUUAUUUUAUUUUUAGGAUUGACCGCUUCACACAUUUUUCACAUUACAAGCUAUCCUGAAAUAAUCCCUUAACUUGCUUCAGUACGAAUCUGUUUGUAAUUUCCAGACAGAGACAACAGCUGCAUUAGCUGCUUCCACCACGCUGCUGUGUCUGCUGGCAGCUAAAUCACGGAGAUGAAAAAGCGGUGUGCCGUUGCUGCAUCCCUCGCUCGGAGGGGAGAGGAGUGUGUGAGCAGAGCAAGACGUGGUUGAGGAGGAUUGUAGAUUUUCAGCAUGAGGUCAGAACAGAUCCGGCGCUGCUAGUGCCAUUUCCACUCCUUCCAUCAAUGAGCUUCCAGGGGAAACACCUGCUUUAAGCCUUUCACAGCUCAUUCUUGUGCUACAUGUUCGUCUCAGCUAAUAUGUUUUGGUUCGUAUCGCAUCCACCUAUCUUGCGAAUAAGUUCCUCGGUAUGAUUACUCUGUAUGGUUGCACAAGGUUGACUUAAUCUCUGUCUUGGAGCAUAACUUAUUUGGCAUGCUUACGAUUUGCAUUUAUAAUUAUAUAGCUGAUUGAAUUCAUUUCUUCGAGAAAGGUAGCCACUGAAAUAUUUUAACAGAUCAUAUCAACUACUUAAACUUAUUUUCUUAAGUUUUUCUUAACUUAAACCCUAAGUUUUUAAAGCAUGUCAGGGUCUGGUGGGUUAGAUACUGUGACUUUAUACCAGUCUUUUCAAAUCUGAUGCUGUCCCAAUGUUUAGGAUUCAGUUUUGAUAAUCUAAUCAUUGGCAUUGCUGGCUGGGAUUAAUGGGAAUUGCGAUCCAACACAUCCAGCUGGGGAAGGCUGCUUUUUGCUCUAAUAGAAUUUCUUUUGUAAAAGUACUCGCUCUCCGCUUUCUUCUGUUCAAUGGUCCUUGAGUUGUUUGUUGAAUCCAGGAUCUGCUUUCUGCGAGGAGAAGGAAUUUGCUCUCCAAAGGUCCCUUGCCUGAUUCUGGGGAAACCUCUCCACCACGCACCACAGCUCACCCCUUUCAGCAGGUUCUUCCAACUUGGUGUACCAUUUUCUGGGGAUUACAGGGGCUGCUGUAGAAAGUCCUGGGGCAGGGGGAGCCUGCGUCUGUCAGCCCUGUUGAUUUCGUGUAAGCCUGAACUCCAUCCCAUGUUGCUGUUUUUUUAAAACUUUCUUUGCAGGGUGUGUGACCUGAUUCACAUGGUUGAGUAAUCGGAAGCGACCCACUUUGCCAAUUUCUUUCAGUGAUACAAAAACACACUGCCCGCGUUAUACCAAGAACUGGUUGUUGUGGGCAGGUGCUUGCACCAUACAAUAGGGUGCAAUCUACUCUGGCGAUCUUGCUCUUGUGGUGCUAGGUUUUUGCAAUUUCUGGACAAGACCAGCAUCACGCAGCGCAGUUUUGUAUGGAGUUUUGCAGCAGCUGACGGUAGAGAAUUGUCGUGCCCAAAGUUCCCAUUCUCGAGCAGAAUGGAAUCUGAAGUAGCUCUUGUAGCAGGCUGUAGACAGGUUAAAAAACAUGUCGGCACUGCUAGCAAUCCGAAGACUUUCUUCCUCUUGGCUCCUCUUAAAGGAAUAAAUACCAACAUUUUGCAUACGCUGGAUAAUGCAAUAUAUUUGCUUAUUAUGGAGGCAGUCCUUCCUUCCUUUGAAUUCUGCCUGUUUGGUUCAGGGUGGGGAGUGUUGGCUGAGUGUACCUAGUUUAAACGAGCAGGAGUCCCCAGAGAGCAUUCCUGGUCUAAAGCAGCUUAAGCAGGAGAAUUUUCCCAGUGGCUUGCAAUCCUAUUCUGAAAAUAAGUGUGUAAAACUUUGUGCUUUCCAUAACAUGCUGGACAAACCCUUUGUCUUCCUGUCACCUACAGUCAAACAGGUUUUACAGGUUUUUGAAAGAAUAGAGAAACCUACGAAGCCUGAGAGUGAAGUGUGAGUAGUGAUCCGUUCAGACUUCUUGCAGCUUGCAGGUGGGGUCUUUUUGCAGUCUGAGAUUAAAAAUCAUGUCCGGCGUUUGGCUUCUUUCAUUUCAGAGGGCAGUUCACACAUGCUGAAACAAGCAGGUUUUGUUUGAAAGAUGCAAUGUUGUGACAGAAAGUAGUCUAAUAUUUUACGUGAUGCUGAUCUUAAUUUGGUUGCUUUAUUUCAGCACAUGUAAUUUUAAUUAAAAGUCUUUGUGGCUACUGGGCUGUUGCUACUCCGGGCUACCGGACAGUCUUCUCCCUUGGAUACUAGGAGACUGGAGCAAAAUUAUUUAUCUACCAGACAGGUCUGUUUCCUGGCUUUAUGGAAGCAGAAAUUUCUUCAUUGUGUGCUUUUCUUCCUCAAAUGAUGCUUCUAUCUUUGAGGCAUCCUGUGUGUGUGGAAAUGCCUUGAGCCCGGUGAGUACCAUCUUGGCAGGAAGCCAUUUACCUGUAGAAUGGUAGCCACGCACCUGCCUCCCUCUUGGGCAUGGACCAAGGGUGGGGCUUGGGCUCAUCCCAGAGUUUUGGCUGGUGCACAGCUGUGUAGCCCAAGAAACCAAAGCUCUUUGCAGAGAGGUGUGGCUAGCAACUCUGGAAGCUCAACCAGUAUGAAUCACUCCCCUUCUUUUAUUCAAGUUUUAAUUUUAUAUGUAAAAGGGAAAAUACAAGGGAAAAGUAACAUGAGAAAGAAAGAAAAUGAUAUCAAGGGAACUUACACAAAAAUUACCUAUAGCAUUAAGUGCGAGAAAUUAUGUAAAAAAGUCAAUAAUUAUUACUUUAUCAAUUUUAUAACUACAAUUUUGACUUAAUUAUAUUUGGUUAUUCCAAAACACGUUAACAUGGCUAUCAAAGUAAAUAUUAAUUUACCUUACAACAUAUCUACAAACCCACCAGCAAUUAAUAAUUGUUUUUUUCUUUUUCCCCAGAUAAAACAAUGUCAUAAUAAAAUUUUAAAUUUAUAAAACAGUAUUAAUGUGCUCACUGUCUACAUAAUACUUAGUAGUUACACUCUCAGUUGUUAAAUAAAGACUAUGUAGUAGGCUUUCCAUUUAACGUAAAAUUCUUUCACUGGUCUUCUUUGUGUAGCUGAUUAGUAAAAGUAUCGGCUAGGUCAUCCUUAAUACAUCCUUUUUUCUUUUUGGACCACUCCCCUGCUUCAUAGGCAUGCUUCUUACAGAUCUUGACCGUAGAAACCACUCCUCCCAGAGAGUCCUACUCUCUCUCUAUUUAGUCUCUGGAAAAAGAACCGGAGGCUCGAACCAUUCCAGACUUGAAGUGGCACAGCUAAGUGUGUGGAGUGUUUGGAUCUCCUCUCCCGUGGAAAGCAGGCGGCACUGUGAUUCAGAGCGUUGGACUGGGAGAGCCGGGGUUGAGUCCCCACUCAGCCAUGGAGCUCAUUCACGGACUUUGGGCCGGUCUCGUCCUCUCAGCCUAACCUACCUCACAGGGUCAUUGUGAGGAUAAAAUGAAGAGAAGGAAGACCGUGGAAGUUGCUUUGGGCAUCUUGCGAGAGAAAGAAAGGAGCAACACUGUCUAAAAAAGGUGCAUGCACUAUUUAAGAGCGCAAUCCUGUGGUCCCUUGGAGAUCAUCCAGGGACUCUAGGAUACUGCUGAGCUCUCCUGCCGAGACCGUAUGCAUUGCUGCAUCUUCCGGAGAGGAGAUCAGAAGCGGAGUUCUCGAACCUCACAACCUUCAUGGAGAGCAGUGCAGCAGGUUCCUCACCUGAGGUCGGAGCUCCGACUUCAGGAAAUGACCUAGAGGCCUUAGAAAUACAUUUCUGCAUCCUUUGGACCCUACAAUCAAGAAAAGCUCACUCCGAAAGCAUCACUCAUUAACAUCAAAAGGAAACUACCUCAACAUAGAAAAGGAGAAGCAGUAAGGCUUGCAAUAAAAACAAACACUCUUUAUGAAUAAUGUGUUGCUGCGACGUCUCCAGGAAACAAAUGUGCAUUUUUUUCAGUAUUACGAUGGGGAAUUCAAUCAGAUUUGACUGACAGGUUCUGUCAAACCAAGAAACAGUUUGAUCUGCUGAUGUGAAGGUUCACUAGUCCUUUAAGGAAAGCCCUGUUAAAUGUUAAUAAUCACUGUUGAGCAGUGAGUUUGCUUUCGCUCUUCCUCUCUUAAUACUAACUGAAGAAGUUUAUAACGAUGAUUCAGCUUUUUAAAGAUAAGGUCUCUUCAUUGUAAAUAAAUGUUAACAUUAGGUGUCAAAAAUGCAUUAACAAGAAAACUCCUGCAGACAGCUUUGAUACCUGUUUUGAAAUGGUAUCUUGGGUGCGUACAGUAGACAGCUGAAAAGGAAACAUACAGUAUUUUUAAAAAAACUUACUGCAGCUUGCUUUUACAAUUCUUACUUGUAACUGCAGCGGUGCUGCGUUUGAACACUGAGUAGUACCAAGUCAGCAACCUGGCUGCCUUUUUCACUGCUGAUACCAGUUACGUACUUUUUUUGGUUCGUUUCUGAAACGCCUCUGAUGAAAAUUAUGUGCAUUGCCCUGUACUAUUGCUAUGCCUAAGUCGCUUCCAAGGGAGCAACUCAUGAGAACGAAUUGUUAAUCCGAGGAACCUUUUGUCAAGCACUUCCUUAUGUAUUGCUGCAGUGCACAAGAAAGUAAAAUGGACUAUAAGCGGCGCUUUUUGCUUGGCGGGUCCAAGCAAAAAGUGCAGCAACACCAGCAGUACCAAGUGCCGGAACUGGGCAAGACUCUGAACGCACCCGCAGCGUCCCCACUGGUCUCCCCGGCUGCUGCUGGCGGCUGCAGCCACGCAGCUCCGAUUGCCGACAUCCAGCAGGGAAUCUCCAAGUAUCUGGAUGCACUCAACGUCUUUUGCCGAGCGAGCGCUUUCCUCACGGAGCUUUUCAGCAGCGUGUUUCGGAACUCACACUACUCUAAGGCAGCUAUGCAACUGAAGGACGUGCAGGGACACGUCAUGGAGGCGGCAAGUCGACUCACCGCAGCAAUAAAGCCAGAAAUAGCAAAAAUGCUCAUGGAACUUAGUGCCGGAGCAGCGAACUUCAAAGAUCAGAAGGAGUUCAGCCUCCAGGACAUCGAGGUACUCGGACGAUGUUUCUUGACGGUGGUGCAGGUUCAUUUUCAGUUUCUGUCCCAAGCUUUGCAGAAGGUCCAGCCGGUGGCCCACUGCUGUUUCACUGAAGCUGUAGCUCAGGAAAGAAAGCAUUCGGGUGUGGCAGAGACCUCCAGCGUGAGCCCCACCGUCGAACUGGAAGAAGCAGUGCGCUCCUGGAGAGGAGCGGCAGAGGCCACGUCGCGUCUGAGAGAGCGGGGCUGUGACGGCCGCCUGGCUGGGAUUGAGGUACAGCAGCUCUUCUGCUCCCAGAGCGUGGCCAUUCCGGAGCACCAGCUGAAAGAGCUGAACCUGAAGAUCGACAGUGCCCUGCAGGCAUAUAAAGUUGCAUUGGAAAGUUUGGGUCACUGUGAAUAUGCGAUGAAAGCUGGCUUCCACCUGAAUCCAAAGGCGAUUGAAGCAAGUUUGCAGGGCUGCUGCAGCGAUGCUGAAGCCCAGCAGACCGGGCGGAGGCAGACUCCUCCACAGCCAAUUCAGUGCGAACUCCCCACCGUUCCCAUUCAGAUCGGCGCCCACUUCCUGAAAGGAAUUUCCUUUAAUGAAUCUGCAGCAGAUAAUCUGAAGUUGAAAACGCACACGAUGAUACAGCUGAUUAAAGAAGCCGGGUGGCACAACGGCGUGACCCCGCGGGACGACUCUCCCGUGACCGAAGUGCUGAACCAGGUUUGCCCUUCCACGUGGCGGGGGGCCUGCAAGACCGCGGUCCAGUUGCUCUUUGGCCAAGCGGGGCUGGUGGUUGUGGAUACAGCACAGAUUGAGAACAAAGAAGCGUAUGCACCCCAAAUAAGCUUAGAAAACUCUAGAAUCGUGGUUCAAGUCCCAUCAACUUGGUGCCUGAAAGAAGACCCGGCCACGAUGUCCCUGCUGCAGAGAAGCCUGGAUCCAGAGAAGACCCUGGGGCUGGUGGACGUGCUGUACACUGCCAUGUUUGACCUGAAUCGGUGGAAGGAAGGGAGGGAACAAGCCCUGCCCUGCAUUCAGAUCCAGCUCCAGCGCGAGAUCAGCGAUUUUGGGGGUCACACUGACUUACCCUCCGGAAAUGGAAGCAAAUCGACCGGUGGCUUGCAGAAGACUUUCUCAAAGCUGACUUCCCGAUUCACAAAGAAAGCGUCCUGUGUGAGUUCAAACAACAGUGGUAGCUACUCCAUUCCCAACAUACCUUCCAAAAACCUUUUUAUAGCUAACUCAGAGGAUAAAGCAAAAAUCUCCAACAACAUGGAUGCCCGACUGCAAAAUAUCUUGAACAUGGGGAGUUUCCCCCGGCCUGUCGAGCCGGCCCAGCAGAACCUGGGCCACCAGGCCGUCAAUGGGUUUCUCCUCGACCGAAGCGGCAGCCUCCGAGCAGAGGAUGGCAAGGAUGCCAAAGGUAUGAAUUUGCCAACGGACCAAGAAAUGCAGGAGGUCAUCGAUUUCCUCUCCGGCUUCAACAUGGGCAAGUCCCAGCAGGCCUCACCGCAGGCAAAACGGAGGAACUCGGUGGCCUCGUCCUCCUCAGCAGCGGAGCAGAAGCCGGCGGCCACGCACCAGCAGCCGCAGCCCUCCUCCCACGCCCCCUUGCACCCCCUGCCGCAGGGGCCCCCGCAGCCCCCUCCCCCACCGCAGAAGCCCCCGCAGCAGCAGUACUAUCAGCACUUGCUCCAGCCCAUCGGCUCGCAGCAGCGCCUGCCCGGCAAGUGGCCGGCCGGUUCUGGCCAGCAGGCGGUCAACCCCGGCCUGGCGCACUUGCCUCAGUGGAGCGGCCACACCUUCUCCGAUCUGAGCGCCGACCUCUACAACUUGGGUCUUGUGAACAGUUACAUGGACAACAUGAUGUCAGAGAUGCUGGGGCAGAAGCCGCAGGGGCCGAGGAAUAACACAUGGCCAAACCGCGACCAAAGCGACGGGAUCUUUGGAAUGCUGGGCGAGUUCCUACCCUUUGACCCGGCAGUUGGCUCCGACCCAGAGUUCGCCCGCUACGUGGCUGGGGUCAGCCAGGCCAUGCAGCAGAAGCGGCAGGCGCAGCACUUCCGGCGCCCAGGCAACGCGCGCGGCAACUGGUCUCAUCCCGAGGACCCUCACAGGACAUGGCCCUUCCCGGACUACUUCACAGAAGGGGAGAUGGCGAGCAGCUGGUCGGGGACUCAGGGCGACUCGGCCAGUUCCAGCGACGAAACCUCCUCAGCCAACGGAGACAGCCUGUUUUCCAUGUUCUCAGGGCCGGACAUCAUUGCUGCAGUCAAGCAAAGAAGGAAGCACAGCAGUGGGGAGCAAGAUCCAAGCACGCUUCCUUCUCCGCCACUCUUUUCUACAGUGGAUGAUCAUAACCAGGACAGCAAGACCAAAACCUGGCCCCCAAAAGCCCCUUGGCAGCACGCGCUGCCCAGCCAGAGCCUGCCCUUGUACCCAAUGAGCAGCGCGGCCGGCCAGUGGAACGACACGGCGCAGAUGCUGCAGUCGCCCGUCUGGUCAGCCGUCAGCGACUGCGCUCCCUCGGCAGGGCUCUCCUCCUCCUUCGCCUACGUGCCGCCGCCUCCGCCGCCCUCCCCGCCGCCCCCGUCUCAGCACAAACCGAUGAAUAAGGGCUUCAAACCGUUCCCGGCCAAGCACGAGCGCAGGCCCUCGUACAUGCACCAGUACUGACGGCCCAUCUCUCGCGGGAGAGGCAGCACAGGACCAAAGUCUCGGACACGACACGCAUUUGCUUUGUCUUACACUUGUGCAGUGGUGACUGUCUUCUGGUUGUUCUGUGAAGUGACCAGCUUCUUGCGGGGAUCCCCUCCCUCCCCCCCCUCCAUCUCUCUCCUCCUCUCUCUCCCUCUCCUCUCUCUUUACAGUGCUGAGCAAAUGGUGCCAAGGUGUUAGCUGAAGACCCAUCAGCCCCAAACUGUGAUGCUUUCCAAGCGUAUGAACUUCCCUGCUAACAAACUGCGACAUUAUUACCACAGAGAGCACUGUAUUUUAUAGCUAUUUUUUCAUAUAGAUUUAUAGCUCCCAUUUCUUGCUACAACAAAUUUGAGUAUUUUUAAGCAAACCUAGCAGUUUUGCUCAACACUCCUUUUGUUUAGAUUUCUAAUUGACUAGAUAAGGAAGUCUUCACUCUGACUACGAAGGCUGCGGUGACUUUUCAAAAUGCAUUGGUUGUUUGCAUGCCGCUCAUUCUCCUUGUCGCAGGGUGGCGUGGAAACAACCACAAAGCGGGCGUUCCCAGGCGUUUCCUUCGUGCAGAAGCCCUGGAACGGCUGGCUUUGCCACAAGUUACCUGGCCACCCAGCGGGCACAAUCCACCCCGUACCCCGUGCACAAGCUCCGUAUGAUGGGUUGGGGGAUUGUACGCCUCUGCAGCAGACACUACAUGUGAUACACAAUUUGAUACUUCUACAUUGGCCAAAGGCAUUAUCCAUACCGUGCUCCUUAAAUGUAUGAAAGAAUUGUUAAGACUACUUGCAAAUAUUUAAAGUCUUAUUUCAGUGCUAGACUUAGUGUGUAAAAACAUGAGCUGGCUCAGAAGAGAGAGAACUUAAAACACUAUUUUUUGUAGUGCUAAGGAUUAAAGUAACUACUUUCAGUCAGUAUGUGCCAUUAUAUAAGUGAACCUGUGGAAUUAGGAAAUACCUUCCAACCAAAGUGGAUAUGGGGGAAUGACUGGUGCUUAAAUUGAAAAAAGAUAAAAAUGUAUAGCUAUCCCAUUGUAUAUUAAUUGAGGUGAGAGAAGUCUUUAUAAAACCUAUUUAAAUUUUCAUAUUUCAUCUUUGAAAGAGUAAUUAUAAACCACAAUAUUUUCUGGUAUAAAGGUUUUUGACAGUAUUAAUAUUAUUUUUAUAUUUUCUUAAGUCAUAUCAUUCUAAUACAUUGACAAGUAAAAUGGGUUAUUAGUUAUAAAUGCAUAUAGUUUUUGAUGAAGAUAAAAGCACAUUUUAAGUUCCCAUUUUCUACAAACUAAGUACAUGUGUAUAUUAAAGAUACCAAAAUAUCUAUAAAUAUCUAUAAAUAAAACACAACACUAAAAGUCGGGGUGCGGGGAGCCACAGCCGCCCGCCCGCCCGCCCGGCCUCUGCUUGUGCAGCGAAGGGCCACCUUGGCAGGCCCAGAAUGUUCCUGUUUGUGCUGGUUGGAGAUGCCAACGUUGCCUGUAUUUAUGGUAUUGUCACCAUGUUUCCUGGAAACCCAUUCUUACCAUGUUUACAGAGUUGUUUGCUGUGCAUAACUUUACAGUCAUGUGCUUGGCACAACCAGUGUGGCUUCUGUCUGUAAGUUGUUAAUGUUCUGUACUUUCUGCUAAAACGUUGGUGAAUUUAAAAAAAGUGGUUUUGCGUUUCCUCAACUAUGCCAUUGAAAACGUAGGCUGGGCCCUGAUCUGUGCCGUGGUCACGUGCCACAGCGACCCCAGAGUGAGGUACAGGCGCGGUGUGCUGGCGGUCCCUGCGGAGCAGCUCGCUGCUGUUAGACUCGCCUGGCAAAUGCCGGCACUGGCAGUUCCUCAGGCGGGAGUGAGCUGUGGAAUUGCCGGGGAAUCUCUCUAGUAGGUGCUACUCUGGCCCUCUGCUUCCGGUUCUUCGGGACACCGAUCCUUUUCCCAAGCGGUUUGCACUUGGCAACAACUCUUGCCGCACAAUGUUUCGCACUGCUGAGUGCCGGGGUUUGGUGCUUAGUUAACCUUUUCGCAGUACGUCGAUGAAUAGCCGAUGCUUUGAACUGGAACUGUACAUUUUGUAUUUUAAUUUUAAAGCACCUGUAAGUAAAAACAACCCUAUUUGCUUUAUUAAAGAUAUACCUUUAAUAAGA